UACUUGGAAUAUGUUUGGUAACUCAAGCUUUAUUUCAUAUGCUGUGAUUUAUUGUUCUGAAGUUGCAACUGUUUAUGGUGGAGCUUAUAUUUAUUUCAAGGAUGAUGUAAUAAUUGCAACAUCCAUUGCUCAAUUAUGCAUGCAUUAUUUAUAUUUAGGUGAGACAUUGAGUAAGCUUGAUGCCAGGCAGGAAGAAGAAUCUAAUAAAAAAUUGGGAAAAUUGAUUCGAUUUCAAUAUCGAUUAGACAGUAUUUGCAAUGAUAUAAAUGAAAUUUAUAGCUAUGGUAAUUUUUUUGCCUUCACUUGUGUAAGGAUUUAUGCUUGUUUGUUUUUGUUUGCAUUGAUCAAUUCGAAUGAUUUGGUAAAAACUCCAACAUUUGCUUUGCAACUGUUUCUGCUGUUUUUGUCAGUUUACUUUAGAUGUUCACUUGGAAUGAAUCUUUUUGAGGCUAGUUCGAAAUUAUUAUUUUCAAUUUAUGACCAAAAUUGGUAUGAAGGCACACCGAAGUACAGGAAGACGAUUUUGAUUAUGAUGAUUAAGGCUAAUAGACCCAUGCAGUUGCAGGCUUCAAAAUUGAAAACUGUAUCAAUGGAAUAUUUUAAAGAGAUAAUCGUUUCAACGUAUGAAAUAUUUAUGUUUUUGUAUAACUUUACAAAAUAAAAUCAAUGAAUUUUGAAG